AUGUACACGUUCUGCAUCGGCAUGGCCAUCGGAAGUGUCGUGAACUGCGCCGGGCUUGAAGAUACAGACGAUGCCUACUGCCGCUUCAUCGCGGGGCCGAUGGUGAUUAUCGUCUCGGUAAUCAAUGUCGUCACCGACGUUUAUGUGCUCAUCCUGCCGGUUCCGCGUCUUCUUAAGCUGCAAGUGACGAGGAGGAGGAAGAUCGGCCUUCUUUUAGUUUUUGCAAGCGGGUUGGGCGCCUGUGCAGCCGGUCUAGCUCGACUGAUCAACGCCUCCAUCCACUACCACAAUACAGAUACUUUUUGGGUCCAGGGGCGAAAUGCAGAGUUCUCAAUAGUCGAGAUGAACGUUGCCAUUAUUGUUGCGUGCGCGACCUCCCUGCCCACAUUCUUUACCCAGGUGCGCUCACUCGGCGGGUCAAUCUACGACUCGGCCGUGUCUCUGCUACAUAUUUCUCGGGAGUCGGCGUCAAAGAGGACUUCAGGCUCUCUAACGGAGGAGAGCGGGCGGUCGAGUGCAGGUGGGAGUAGAAAUGAAAAUGCAAGGCUUCACAAUCUGGAGAGGCUGAAGGGUGCAACCACUGGGCAUUGGGGGAUUAAUGGGCGGGGAGACUCGCAGGAGCUGGAACUGCUCAGUACAAAUUCUGUUUAGGUAGAAUACUGUAAGUAGGGUAGGCUGUCGGUUGCCCUAACCUGGGGCCGUGGGAAAUUGGGAGAAUAGUUCUGACGGUGUGGUCAGUCAAUACCAUCUUAGCCUCUAGGUCACCCGCCAAGCCGCUUAGGGUGUUUGCUUGGGUUACCUAAAGAUA